CAUCACCAGAGGCCAUUCACACAUUGCGGCCUUGACUUGUUCGGCCCAAUGGAGGUGGUGGUCGGCAGAGGACGCCAAAAGAGGUACGGGGUAAUAUUUACCUGCCUUACGGUAAGGGCGAUCCAUUUGGAGAUCGUACAUUCUCUCACCACCGACUCCCUCAUUAUGGCGUUACGGCGUAUGGCGUCGCGUCGAGGAUGGCCAGACUGUUUCUACUCGGAUAACGGUACCAACCUACGGGGAGCUGAUACCGAGUUGAAACGAUCUGUGCAGGAACUCGACAACAAAGCUGUCAAUGACUUUGCAUUGACCAAUGGUUCGUGUUGGAAGUUUAUACCUCCCGCGAGUCCCCAUUGGGGUGGGGCGUGGGAGCGCCUCAUCCGCAGCGUUAAGAAAAGCCUUAGCGUUGUCCUUAAAGAGCGGGCACCGAAGGACGAAGUUCUCAGCACUCUGAUGGCGGAGGCGGAGAACAUCGUCAACAGCCGCCCGCUAACCCACGUCUCCGUGGAACCGGGUAGCGACGGCGCUCUGACGCCGAACCACUUCCUUCUCCACUCUCCUCCUAACACCCCCGCUUUAGGUGCCUUUGACGAUUCCGAUUUGUUCCUUCGGAAGCAAUGGCGGACCAGUCAAAGGCUGGCCGAUAUCUAUUGGCAGAGGUGGGUUAGGGAAUACUUACCGGAGCUACUUCCUAGAAGGAAAUGGAACCAUGAGCAAACUCCACUCAAGGUAGGAGACUUAGUUUUAGUUGUAGAUCCAGGAGCACCACGCAAUGUGUGGCCGAAAGCGGUCGUCCAGCAAGUUUUCCCAGGUAGGGAUGGUCGGAUCAGGCUAGUGGAAAUAAAAACCAAAUCUGGUGUCCUUAAACGGCCUGCGGCGCGCGUCGCUAGAAUCCCUUUGGUUAAUGAGUGCUGAGCCAGCACUGGGGUGGGGCGUGUUAGCGACGAGCUCAAAAUGGGUUUUUUGGUUUAUUUUGUUUCUUAUUGUGGUACUCCGAUAAUUUGUACAACUUUAGUUUUAAGCUGAAAUUUGGAGGUAGAUAUACGUGUGACGCAGCGACAAGGUUCCAACGGUUUUUGUCUUUGACCACGGGUCAGUCGGCUUGUCUAUCCGCGCGCGACACACGUACAUACUGCUCUCGCAUAAAAAUCACGUGGUGUCUGUAACUUUCGAGAUUAAACUGUUUUUCGUAUCCCGUA